CCCAAUUUGGAAAUAAAAAGAGUGGGAAUGCCUAGGGCGGCUCCAGCGCCCAAAAGCGGAAGUUUAUCCAUAAGGGGACGGAAGUGAGGUCGGGAACAGCUGGUGGAAGGGCAGCAUGAGCCCAUGGCGGGGGCCGAGGCCUGGGCGGCGGGGCCGGCGGUGCUGCUGCCGGACAGCCUCCUGGUGGAGAUCUUCCUCUUCCUGGGCCCCCGGGACCUGCUCUCGGCCGGAGCCUCCUGCCGCCAGUGGCACGCCGUGGCCCAGGACCAGGCCCUCUGGAAGGAGCUCUUCUACCGGCACUUCCGCCUCCCGAGAGACCUCCCUCGGCACCCCGGGGCCACUUCCUGGAGCGGGGAGUUCCGCCGGCUCUUUGAGGGCGUUCCCUGCCUGGAGACGGAGGCCCUGAAGCAGCACGCAGACCACGUCCUGCACCUCGCCUUCUCCCGCAGCGGGGACCUCUUCGCCUCCUGCUCCAAGGACUGCACCGCCAAGAUCUGGAGCACGGGCCCGGAGGAGAUCUCCCUGCAGCACAGCGCCAGCAUGAAGGAGUACAACUGGAGCUACACCCAGUUCUCCCAGUUCAGCCCGGACGACUCCUUGCUGCUCGUCUCGGGGGUCUUCCUGGGCCCACGCAGCUCCUCUUCCGGGGAGAUCGCCGUCUUCAGUCUGGAGGACUUCUCCCUGGUGUCCCGGGUGCGGAACAAGCCCCCCGACCUCCUGGGCUGCUGGCUCAACGAGACCAACCUCCUCUCGGGGAACCUGCACCGCAUCGGCUACCUGACCUCCUGCUCCGUCCUCUGGCUCAGCAAUGCCUUCCAGGACAUUGAGUCGGAGAACACCAACGUGGUCAAGCGGCUCUUCAAGAUCCAGAACCUGAACGCCAGCGCCGUCCGGACGGUGAUGUUGGUGGACUGCAGCCGCCACGACUCCCCCGACCUCUUGCUGGACGGCGGAGAGCCCCGGGGGGUGGACCUGUCUGGCCACAGCCGGGAGGGAGGCAGGGACGGCCGUGGGGCGGAGGUGGCCGAAGGGGCGGCGGAGGGCGGCCUGAGCGGCUUCCUGGGCCUCUGUCCAGACCGGACGGAGCUGGAGGCCGAGGCCCGCGUGGCCCGGAUCAUGGCCCGGAGGAGGACCAAGCCCCCCGAGGGGGACCUGCUCUGCGACCGAGGAGGGAGAGCGGCCCACAAGUACCUGGUCUUCACCACCGGAUGCCUCACCUACGUGCCCCACCAGAUCGGGAUCAAGCAGAUCCUUCCGCACCAGAUGACCACGGCCGGCCCUGUCCUGGGAGAGGAGCAGCAGUCGGAGCACUUCUUUGACUCGCUGGACCACGUCUUCGACAUCCACGGGCAGAUCGUCGGGAUGGGGCUCUCCCCGGACCACCGGUACCUGUAUGUGAGCUGCCAGGCCUGGCCCCCCGGGCGCCUCCCCUGGGACCCCCUGCAGCCGCCCCCCGCCUCCCCCCAGGUGGACCUGCGCGUCCUGGACCUGCGGACCCUCAAGGAGGCCAAGCGGGGCCUUUGCGCCCACCGGGCCCCCCCUCCCGCCGGGAUGCGGCCCACCUGCGCCUGCCUGGCCGUCAGCAGGGACUUCGUGGCCAGUGGGGCAGAGGGCGGCCAGGCCUUCGUCUGGGACCGCCACUACGACGUCUGCCUGGCCAGGCUGCGCCACGGAGAGCCCGUCCACGCCGUGGCCUUCAGCCCCACCCAGCAGGAGCUGCUCCUCACCGCCGGGGCCGACGGCGUCAUCCGGGUCUGGCGCUCGCCCAGGAGGGUCCGGCGGAUGCGGGCCGGGGGGCUGCCCCACCCUUGACCUCCACGACCCCAACACAUAUUUCCCCCCACGUGCAAUGUGUGAUGCUUUGUGCCACGGACCUCAAUAAAAGCUUCCCUCGAGUGCAAAUGGCCUGAAAGGUGGGCACAAGUCUACAUCCCUAUCUCACAGGCAUGGCAAACUCAGGCCUUCCAGCUAUUAAUUGAUAUAUAGAUAUAGAUAUAUUGAUAUACAGUAGAGUCUCACUUAUCCAACACUCGCUUAUCCAACAUUCUGGAUAAUCCAAGCCAUUUUUGUAGUCAAUGUUUUCAAUAUAUCAUGAUAUUUUGGUGCUAAAUUCAUAAAUACAGUAAUUACUACAUAGCAUUACUGCGUAUAGAACUACUUUUUCUGCCAAAUUUGUUGUCUAACAUGAUGCUUUGGUGCUUCAUUUGUAAAAUCAUAACCUAAUUUGAUGUUUAAUAGGCUUUUCCUUAAUCCCUCCUUAUUAUCCAACAUAUUCGCUUAUCCAACAUUCUGCCGGCCCGUUUAUGUUGGAUAAGUGAGACUCUACUGUAUAUAGAUAUAUAUGUGUGUGUGUGUGUGUAUAUAUAUAUAUAUGUAUAUGUAUAUGUGUUAGAAACGACUUGAGAACAUAGUGCAAGUUGCUUCUGUUGAUAGAGAAUUGGCCGUCUACAGAGACGUUGCCCAGCGGUCAUUGUACACAUGUGUUACCAUCCUGCUGGGAGGCUUCUCUCAUGUCCCUGCAAGCUAGAGCUGACAGAAAAGAGCUCACCCCGUCUCACGGAUUCGAACCAGCAAUCCAGCCGGCACAAGGGUUUAACCCAUUGCACCACCGCGGCGCCAUUAAUAUAUUGAGGUAUUUAUUAUUAUAUUAUUAUUACUACUCUUAUUAUUAUUAUUAUUAAAUAUAUUAUUAAAUAUAUUAUUAAAUAUUCACAAUAGUAGAAUAUA